GUUAUUACCAUAGGCGUGCUUCUUUGAAUGAAAGUUCUCGAAGAGCGUAUCGCAAUGGACCUCGUCGUUCUGAACAUCAUAAGCAUUCUGGCCUUGACGUUCUUUCCAACAAAAACGAAAGGUCAACCAAAGACUAUUGACGCACUUGGUAAAGGCAUAGAGAGAAAUGCUCACACUGGUGUCGCUUUCGCCAGAUUUAAAGCGCACAAACUGUCCUACCUGAACAUAACAGCACUUGGAGCAGAUUAUGUCCACAGCAGUAGAGAUUGUGGACUUACCUGUAUCAACACACCCUCGUGCUUUUCCUUCAACCUGGCUGCCGUUGUUGAUAUGAACAGUAAAAUCCUAUGUGUACUGCUUCCCUCGGACAUCUACAACAACUCGGACAAACUGGUUGCCAAUCGUCUUUUUCAUCAUUUCAGCAUCUGGUCUCCGUGCUUAAACAAGCCCUGUCAAAACAAAGGCACCUGCCGUUCAAAUUACGUGAGCAACAGUUACGUGUGUGUUUGCACAGAAGGAUACACAGGAAGUAACUGCGAAGCAGAUAUUGAUGACUGCGCGAACCGUCCUUGCCGUAACAAUGGAACCUGCUCUGAUCAUAUUGGUGGCUUCAAGUGCGCAUGUCCGAAAGGUUUUGAUGGGCUCCAAUGUGAAAUAGUCCCUAAAGUGGAAGUCGUUCGCUCCUGUGACAAAUUACCUGUCUGGCAACUCCAUAAUGGGGAUGUUAUCAUCGAGUCGAAUCAGACUGGUACAAAGUACCAAAACAAUUUGGACUGCCAUUGGAUUGUGUCUUCAAAUACAAGAAUAGAACUUGUCUUUAUGAUUUUCGAAACGGAAUAUGUGCACGAUGUUGUGCAAGUUUAUAACGGUGAAUCAUCCUCUGCCCCUCUGAUUGGUGGAUUUAAUGGAUCAUCUCUUCCUUCCCCAGUAACAAGUUCGUCCAGCAAACUUUUCCUUCGGUUUACAACCGAUCAUUCAGUAACUAAAUCUGGAUUUCGCGCACGUUUCCGAGUUUUGACAGAUGGUGCAUUGCGUAUAGCUGGUAAUAAUCCAUACACUGGAAGGAUAGAGGUCUUUUUUAAUGAUCACUGGGGCACAAUUUGUGACAAUGGGUGGAACAUCGACGCUGGCCGAGUGGCCUGUAAGCAACUUGGCUUCGACAGGGUUUCCCAAGUCUUUAGCGGCGCCAGUCAUGGCCAAGGAACCGGUCCAGUAUGGAUAAAUGCGUUGAAUUGCUUUGGAAAUGAGUCGUCAAUUUCCAGUUGUGGACACAGUGGUUGGGGUAACCAUGAAAACUGCACUCAUAGUCAAGAUGCCAGUGUAACUUGUUCGCAUGACUCUCUUCCAAUUCGUUUGGCGGAUGGUGGAGCGAGCUACGGUCGUGUUGAAGUGUUUGACGGUGGGCUCUGGGGAACAAUUUGCGAUGAUACAUGGGAUAUAAAUGAUGCAAAUGUGGCUUGUAAGCAGCUUGGCUUCACUGGAGCUUCCUCUGCAAGCACUAGUGCAGCACAUGGUCAGGGAUCAGGUCCUAUAUGGAGAGAUCACAUGAACUGCGUUGGAUCAGAGAGCUCGUUAUUCGAGUGUCCAUUCACCCAGGAAGGAUUUAACCACUGCCAUCACGGCGAAGACUCAGGCGUGGUUUGUUACUGAUAGACGCGAAACUUGACAUUGUUUAACGCACCUUUGCUUGAACACGAACUCGGAACAGACAUUAGCACCCAGCGUUCAGUUAAUUUACACAAGAAAGUUUCCUAACCAAGUCUCAUCACAUAAAUUGGUAUACAGUAGCACUGUUUUCUUUUUGAGCCCGUCAAUUUUAGACUAACUUUUUCCAAGCUGUGACUUGAAAAUAUAGUGAAAGAUAGUUACUAAUUAGCUUCUGUUUCCAUGUUGUGCCUCUAAAGCAACUCUUUAAAACCAUAAAUUCCCAAGAGCUGCCAUUGAAUAGUGCAGCCGUAA